CGAUCGUGACAUGCAUCGCUAACUGGCGCCGGCCCCAGCCGAUUUGAUGUCGCAUCGCGCCUAAGUUGCGCAACCACCGAAUGGCAGUCAUGGCCACUCAACAAUCAGAAGGCGCGCUUCUCAAUGAGAAGCCGCUCCAGCCGUCGUUCCCAGUAGGCAAGGAAGGCCCCAACGGGGCGCUGGAGGCGAACGGUCAUACCAUUCCAUCUCCGAUUAAUUCACAACCUGAAACCGAUAACGCGCCCAAGUCAAACGGCGAGACACCUGAUGCGAAUGCCACGCUCACCAAGAACGAGGACGCGUUUUCUGCGAACCAAGCUUUACCCAACGACGCGAAUGACGACGAUCUGACCGCGAAACCCAAGGGAGAAUCCGAACAAGAGAUCGCCAGUGGCAUGGAUAAGGUGAACAUGGACGACGCCGCCGCGACGCGCGACACCGAGAUGCCUGACGCGUCGAACGACCAGGCGGCCGAAGACAAGUCGGAAGCCCUUUCACCAAAGUCGCAACCGCAGGCGGAGCCUAAGACCCAGGUUGAUGGUCCAGAGAAGGAAGAGAAGGACCAGAAGGAAGCGACGGGAGAGGCUACGGAUGCAAAACCAGCAGUCCCGGUGAGCCCGGUUGAGAAAGAAGACGCGGCGAUGGAGGGCACAGAGAAGCACACCGAGGCUACAGCAACAGAGGAAGUGCCAGAGGACACCCAGGAUACAGUAGUAACCGCCGACACACCCAAAAGCCCGCAAAACGGCGCGCCCAUCCCCGCCGCCGACCCGUCUGCCAGCACGCCUCCCCCACCCGCCACCGCCGACACAAGCAUGUCGGAGGCCGCACAGCCCUCGGCGAAGGUUUCGAGAGAGCGGGAUAUCGAUAGCGAAGACGAACCUGUGGCGAAACGAACCAAGGUAGAUCACGCCGCCGACCAAGUUCAGGUGAAGACAGGACCGGUCGGGGACCGCAUGCAGGUCGACCAACCAGCCGCGGCCAGCCGGGCAUCGCCCAUCCUCGGCGGCGCGGAGCCCAAGAAACUCACCGAUGAUUCCCUGAAUGACAGCCCGAUCACGGAUUGGCAGAACAAGCAAAUUCGCGCCGUUCUAGCUGGCGUCAAGAAGACCAAGGUUGGCGGUCCUUUCCGUCUGCCGGUUCAGCAGAUUUGGCCGACCGUGUGGCCCGAGUACUCCGCCAAAAUCACAAACCCGACGGAUAUCAGCACCAUGGAGAAGCGGCUGCGCGGUGACAUGCCUCCCUACGCCACUAUGGGCGAGUUCAAGAACGACCUCGAAUUGAUGGUUCAAAAUGCGGUUACCUUCAACGGUGAGGGUCAUGACGUGACGAAGCAGGCGACGGCGUGCCGGGAUGCCAUCCUCGGCCGGAUGGCCCAGCAACACGCCGUCGAGCCCCCGAAGCCGGAGAGGAAGGAGGCGGCCAAGGCACAUACCACGCGCCACGUUGAACCUCGCGCACCCGUGCCACCGAUCGCGACGGCGGGUGCGGCUCGUAAUAAUAAAGGUCCUGCCCCCAGCCCUUCGCAGAAGGCUGUGGAGUCGCCCGCAUUCGCCCUGCCGCCCGGCAGCAACGGUAUGCCUCUGAUCCGGCGAGACUCCACCAAGCCUGACGGGCGGGCCAAGCGGCCGGUGAAGCCUGCACACUCCAAGGACCUGGUCUACGACACAAAGCGCAAGAAGAAGCUGCCCCUUGAUCUUCGGUUCUGCGACGAGGUGCUCACCGAGCUCCGCAAGACCAAACAUUAUGACAUCAAUGCCGCCUUCAUGCAACCUGUUGACCCGGUGGCACUCAACAUCCCCCAUUACCACAAGAUCAUCAAGCGACCGAUGGACCUUCAAACCAUGUCUAACAAGCUUGGAUCUGGAGAGUACCAGUCUUCAAAGGAGUUCGAGAAAGACUUUGACCUCAUCAUCAAAAACUGCAAAACCUUCAACGGGGAAGACCAUGUGGUUUACAGUCAGGCGCUCAGGCUGCAGGACUUGUACCGUGCCGAACUGUCUAAGAGGGACGAAUGGAUGGCCAAGCAUGCGCCGGUCACGACCGCGGCGGCAUCUCACGCCACGGGGAGAGACGACUCCGACUCUGAGGACGCCGAUUCGGAGCCCGAUGCUGAGGUUGACGACGAACGCAAGCUUGUUGAGAACCGUCUGGCUACUAUCCAGAAGCGUCUCCAGGUUGAGCAGAACAAGGUUAAUGAGAUGGUCAACUCUGGCACGGCGGACAUUACGGAUGUCGAGAUCGCGCAGAACAUCGUCGCCUUGUUGCAAAAGCAGCUGAUGGGCGAGCGGGCCAAGCUCGCGAAUCUCCCGGUCAAGAAGCCAGGCAAGCCGAAGGCCCCCAAGGCCAAGAAGGCCGGUGGCUCAGGUAGUCUGCCCAACAAGAAGGCGGGUGGUGGCAGUUUGGGCGGCGGCAUUGUGAAGAAGAGCGGAGUCAAGAAGGCAGCCCCUAAGAGGAAGAUUGGCGCACUUGAAAAAGAGAUCAUCAUAGAAUCUCUUGGUAGCCUAGACGGGCCACUGCUGGAGCGGGCCAUUGAACUAAUCAAGAAAGACACAGGCCAGGGCGAGAACGACGCUGGAGAGCUUGAGCUCGAUAUCGAAACCAUCUCGGAAGACGCCCUCGUCAGACUCUACGACCUCGCGCUCAAGGACAACCCCAACGCGCGGGUCGAGAAGGAACGGCAGCGGACAGCGGCUGCGGCCGCGGCCGCGCCGCCGCAGACGGAGACGCCCACCACCAAGUCCAAACAGCUGUCCAAGUCCAAGAAGAAUAAGCCCAUGAGCAAGAGCGAGCAGGAACGCCGUAUCCAGCAGCUUAACGAGCUCCGCGCGCAGGCCGGCCGUCAAGGCUCCGGCAGCCAGGAACCAAUGGAGUCGAUUGAGGGCAACGGCAUCGGCAACGAACCCUCCGGCCAGCCUGAUCACGAGAGCGAGGACGAAGUCGACUCGGAGGAAGACUAAGUGGGCCCCGUCCCGGCCUCGUCUCACUGGGCUCUUUUUUUCUUCAGGACACUGCAAGGGUUUCGUCCCGUUCCCACCGUCUGAAGACCAAUAUUGUUAUCAGGUCCGGGAGCGCGACACUUGGCGAGCGUUGGCAUUCCUGGUUCUUUACGACGGCACUUAACUCGCCGUAGUUUGCCAGUACCAUCAACACUGAUAACCCGAGACUUCUCGCCCUC